AUUGCGGAAGCAUAAUGGAUAACGCGUCGUAACCCCGAAUAUAGUAAUGCUGUAUGAGUUGUACAUAACAAUUGGACGUACACGUGGAUAACAAUAGUGAAAGUAGUCCCUCAUUAUGAAAUUUAGAAAUUACAGGUUUGAAGGCCUGAAGGUUCCAAUGAUACGUAUCGUUUGUGUUCUUUCUCUAUUUUUCACGCGAGCCUUUAAUUUACUAUUAAAUAAUAACCGAUAGAAAUCUUAUCGUCUCAGAAUGUUGAGAACGGAAUGCUACGGGACUUCGAAGAGUUUGGGUGUAAAAUAAACUCGAAAGUUGUUUCGACUGCUAUCGAGCACAUAACGAGGUUAUGAGUCUUACCUGAACCAGGUUCGAGAUGCAUCUGCAUGUGGGUGAAUGUGGGAUAGUGUGGGACGAUGCGCACACAUACCCAUCAUUCGAUAACCUUACCGAGUCCAGAUGCAAUGAAAGUAGAACCUCUCUAGGCUGUUUGUUUUUUCUACCUAAAUCCAUGUACCACAUACCGAAACGAGAACUGCGAAUGAACAGGUUCUGUAAUAAAUAUAUUAUGUUAUUGUCGGCAAACGUUGGCGUCGUUGCCCAUAAUCGACGUAUGCGGCGCCUGAUCCCUGCGUUUCUCUCCCAUUAACCUCCGCGUCCAAGAUUUACAUACUCCACGAAGGAUAAUUAGAUAAUCGGUUCACGUAGACGAGAAGAUUGCAAGUAUCAGAUAUUAAUUCGAAGCAACCUGUUGCCCCUAUUGGUCUAACCUAUAAAUGAAGACGUAUCGAGGGAAUGGGCCCUUGAAACAAAAAGAUUAGUACGAGACUGGGCCCCACUGGUAUGGCUGGCACCUGGAGAACAGUUUCUGCCUCUCGGGGUACCCGAGUUCCUAGACAACAUGCAAACCGACGAUGACUACCUUCGUACCAGUAUCGACGUAGAAACGUUGUUAAGGAAUCGAUCCUCCUUCUUGUACGGUCGGAAGCCAGCGGAUUCGGUGCCUGUCUACGCUGUGAUCAAGAAUUGCCUCAAUCCUUUGGAGGCUUCCAAGGACGCGAUAAAAUCAACGGCGGCGAGAGAAGAGAAGAAAUUAUGGAAGAAAGGGAGCGAGGUGAUGAUACACUCGCGAAGUGCGCUCGUAAUGGAUGAUUUUGGGUCGUCGAUGAUCUUGACCAACGAUCUCCCGGGGAAAGUUUGGAAGAGCGACUCUAAACUUGGCGCGGAGAAAACCGUAGAUUUCGAAAAAAAGAAGAAAAAAGGGAACAGGUCCCGGAAGCUGCGCUUUCACGUGACCUAUUGGAUGUUCUAUCCGUUCAGCGAGGGAAAGGCAGUCUGUGUUCUGGAUCUCGGAUUUUUUGGUAGCUGGCCGAUACCCACUGUAGGCGGAAUGUGCCUUGGAAUCCUCAAAGAGUAUGGCAGUCACGUGGGCGAUUGGGAACACAUGAGUCUUUAUUUCAAGGAUGCCAGUCACCCUUCAGCGAUGUACGUGUCCGCCCACGACGCUGGAGCGUUCUACAGAUACGAUCUACGAAGUGGUACCUUCGUUUACGAAAGUCAAGAGACGCGCAAAGGGAUCUUUCAAAAGCCCAUCUUCCCAGAAAGAGUUUUCACCGCUGGCGGUUCGCACCCGAUACUGUUCAGCGCUCGUGGAUCUCACGGACUCUGGACAGCGCCAGGAAAACACAAAUUCGUCAGGUUACCCCGCUUGUACGACGAAAGCGGCUUCGGUACGGCUUGGCCGACGUGGAAGAAGAUGGAAAUGCUUCUGAAAGAGGACAAUGGCAUUCUACCGACUUGGAUGACUUUCAGGGGCAAGUGGGGCAAUCCCAAAAGCAACUGUCAUCCUCUGGCCAAGCUUGGCUUCAAUAUCUGCGAAUUCGUCGACGGACCCACCGGCAUUCCCAUGAAAAAGUCAAGUUUUCGGUGCUGACGCUAACAAGGUGACCUCUAUCCUUAGCAAGGUCCUAGUUUUGUUUCUGCUCGACGAAAAGAUAAAGAUCUAAUUCAACGUAACGGAGAAA